AUGGUAGCUGAUACGACCUACUACGAUAUCCUCGGCGUCCCGCCGACAGCCACAGAUCUCGAGAUCAAGAAGGCGUACCGCAAGCUCGCCAUCAAGCACCAUCCUGACAAGAACCCCAAUGAUCCCGACGCCCACCGGCGGUUUCAAGAAAUCGGUGAAGCCUACCAGGUGCUGUCUAACGAGGAGCUGCGCAAGCAAUACGACAAAUAUGGUAAAGAAUCUGCCCGCCCGUCCGAGGGUUUCGUCGACCCCGCCGAGUUCUUCUCCAUGAUCUUUGGCGGAGAGGCGUUCAUGGACUGGAUCGGCGAGAUUAGCCUCAUGAAAGACCUCACGGCGACUCUCAACAUCACUAUGGAUGGUGCUGAGGAAAACGAGGAGGCUGCUGCAGCCGCCGCAGCUGCGGCCGCAACAACAGGCGAGGCUGAUGCAUCGGGCGAGAAAAAGCCUGCAGCGCCCAAGGUCGUGAUUGAGGAUGAGACCGGCGAGAAGGUUGCUAGCGACGGUCCGACACCCCAGGGCUCCGGCGCAGCAACCCCCGGCGGCAGCUGGUCGACCCAGAUUCCCAUUCGCCCGGCUCUCAUGGAUAAGUCCUCGGAGGAGCCCGCAGCGCACGCCGCUCAGGAGGAUGUUAGCAAGCGCAAAGAAAAGGACAAGAAGUCGAAGGGUGCUCUGAGCAAGGAGCAGCGAGAGAAGCUGGAGCAGUACGAGAAGGAGCGCGCUGAGGCCAGGCAGAAGCGCGUCAAGAUGUUGACUGAAAAGUUGAUCGAUCGACUCUCGAUCCUUACUGAGGCGGAGCCGGUCACUAAGGAGGUCAAGGAGGCUUUCAAGGAAAAGAUCAAGCUGGAGGUUGAGGAGCUCAAGAUGAACUCGUUCGGCGUGGACAUCCUGCAUGCGAUCGGCCAGGUUUACGUCACGAAGGGCACUACCCUGCUGCGCAGCCAGAAGUUCUUCGGUGUUGGUGGCUUCUUUGCGCGCAUGAAGGAGAAGGGCACUGUAGUCAAGGAUACCUGGAACACGAUCAGCAGCGCCAUUGACGCCCAGGCUACCAUGGAGGAGAUGGCUCGCCUGGAGGCCCAGGGCGGCGAGGACUGGACCGAGGAGAAGAGGGUUGAGUACGAGCAGCGCGUCACUGGCAAGAUCCUGACUGCUGCCUGGCGCGGCUCCAAGUUUGAAAUCCAGAGCGUCCUGCGCGAGGUCUGCGAUGCCGUCCUUUACGAUAAGAAGGUGCCGCUAGCCAAGCGCCUGCAGCGUGCCGAAGCGCUGGUUAUUGUUGGGCAGAUUUGCUCAGAGGCCAAGCGCACUCCCGAAGAAGAGGGCGGCGAGUACAUGGUGUUCGAGCAGCUCGUAGCCGAGGCUGCCAUGAAGAAGGAGAAGGAGUCCAAGAAGAAGGGCAAAGACAAGGAGAAGGACAAGCGCAAGAGCACCGACCAGAACAGCAACCAUUCCGGCGCCAAGUUCGGCGAUAAGGCCUGGACUGCGGCCGCUGAGGCUGUGGCUAACGAUGCGCCUAAUGUCCCCAAGUCCGGGGCAUGA